AUGACGACUAACAAAACGCUUGUGUAUAAGAAAAUUCCCCAGGCUUCCCUUGUCGCCGGGGAACACAUCGUCGUAGAGGAUCUCGAGAUCGACCUCGACACCGUUCCCAAGAAUGGACUGGUUGUUGAGAUUCUUUACGUUUCUCUUGACCCAUACCUACGAAUUAUGAUGCGGGAUCCCAAGAUCAAAUACAACAUUGACCCGUUCCCGGUAGGCUCUCACGUCAUCGAGACGGCUGUGGUGAAGAUUUUGAAGAGCGAUGCCGAUGGGUUUGAAGUAGGCGAGACGAUUCUUGCCAACGUCCCUAUUGCUCAAUAUGCCCGCAUCGACAGCCUCAAAGACGCCGAGUUGCAGAGGAUUGAUAACCCGCACGGGCUUCCUCUUGCACACUUCCUUGGUGCGCUCGGUAUGCCUGGGCUGACAGCUUACUCGGGGCUGUACGAGGUGGGCAAGCCAAAAGCGGGCGAGACCAUCUUUAUCAGCUCGGCGGCGGGAGCGGUAGGCCAGGUCGUCGGCCAGAUUGCCAAGCGCCAGGGUCUGACAGUGAUCGGGUCCGUCGGAUCGGACGAGAAGCUCAAAUUCAUCACCGAGGAGCUGGGCUUUGAUGCAGGGUUCAACUACAAAAAAGAGAGCCCGUACGAUGCUCUGCCGAGAUUGGCACCAGACGGCCUUGAUAUUUACUACGAGAAUGUGGGCGGAGAUCACCUUGAGGCUUCUCUAGUCAACAUGAAAAGACAUGGAAGAAUCGUUGUCUGCGGCAUGAUCACCACAUACGGAAUCCCACCAUUAGAACAAAAGCCCGUUCGAGGUCUGGGCCAGCUGGACGCGUGCCAAAUCAAAAUGCAGGGCUUUCUGGUUUGGGACGCUGAAUACGGGCCAGCGUACCACCAGGAGCAUCAGAAAAGAGUACAGGGCUGGAUUCACGAGGGUUCCUUUCAAGCAAAGCUGCACGUAACAGAGGGUAUAGAGAAUGCUGCAACUAGUCUGGUAGGAAUGCUGGAGGGGGAGAACUUUGGGAAACCUGUCCUCAAGGUCAAAUAA